AUGGCAAAGGAAGGUGUUACUGUUACUGAUCCCUCCACUCGACCUAUUGAGCUCUCCUUCCCUCUUCCAAAGGCCCCCGAAACCAGGAUCCAUCUUUACCUUACGAUUCAAGCAACCUCGUUGCUAUUGUUUCUGACAACAGCUUUGAAUGGAGACACAUCAACAGCUGCGCCUUUAGGCUCAUUCGUCUAUGCUCUUCCAGAUAGAAUAAACCCGGGCCAAGCGCUCUCGACACCCCUCUACACCUACGAAUCCUCAGUGGAGUUCACGACCCGUCUUGCAAAAUUAUUGGCGCGCAAAACCCAGAGGCCGGUCUAUGUUGGGAACUCUAUAAGCUUUGCGAGUGCUGGGAUGGGGGGCACUGUUGAGGAGGAGAUGGAAGGUUUCAGGAAGGUCGUAGAGGUAGUGAUGGAUCAGGUCAGGAAGAGUGGCGAGGGGCAGCCUGUCAAUGGAGCAGAUGACAGGUGA